UGGUGGAUUCACAGCAUGGCGCGUUUGGAAUUCUGGUGUAUUUGCUGGCUGGUCUUGUGCGUAUCUGUUGUGAGAUUUGUGUCAGGGGAUGUGUUUGUGAUUAAGAAAUGUGACGGUUUCAAGACGAUGACGCUGUCCUUUCAUGGCUCUCCGACUGUUUAUCUUCAGAAGACGAGAGGCGGGCAGGUAAAGGUGACCAAAGAUCUUCCAGGAAUCGUUGUCCAUGUAAAGUUUGGCCGCACCACACUAAAGGUGCCCUAUUCUUCCCAUUAUGGUUACAUGUCUCAGCAGCAUUCCCAGUAUGUCCUGGUCAUUGCCUUUGGACGUCCCUCUAACUGGAGAACGUUCACAUGCCCUAAAAUAGAACGGGAACCUGUUCUUCUUGAUGCUGUAAGCAGUGUUACUGAGAGAUGCACCAUGGCAAACCAUGAAAAGCUGCCUUGUGGAGGGUCUUCAUCCAUCACUCAAGCAGACUGUGAAGCUAACAACUGUUGCUAUGAUUUGAGCAGCAGCACCAGUCCAUGCUACUAUGCUGAUGAUGUGACUGUGCAGUGCACCCUGGAUGGCCAGUUUGUGGUGGUGGUGUCUGAGAAUGUGACCCUUCCUCCCCUGGAUCUUGGGUCCAUCCAGUUGGUGGACAGCAGUUGCAGCCCUGUGACCAGCCUGUCCAGCUUUGUCGUGUACCAGUUUCCAGUCAGUGCCUGUGGCAGCACAGUUCAGGUGUCUGGUGGCAAUGUGACUUACCAGAACACCAUGUCUGCUGCCAUCACUGUGAGGAGUGGUCCAGAGGGCUCCAUCACCAGGGACAGUGUCUACAAGUUGUUCUUCCAGUGCACCUAUUUGGGAAGCCAGGAUGUGCAAGUGGAGGCUGAGGUGUAUACUGUGGCACCACCUCUUCCAGUAGUAGAGCAAGGGCCAUUUGACCUGGAAUUGGUCAUUGCUACAGAUUCCUCCUAUGGCUCCUACUAUGUGGAUGCUGACUACCCAGUGACCAAAACUCUGAGGGAUCCUGUGGCUGUGGAAGUGCACAUCAUGAACAGGACUGACCCUAACCUUGUUCUGACUCUUGGGGACUGCUGGGUCACCCCAGGACCUUCUACUUCCAGCCAGCCCCAGUGGAGCCUUCUGGUGAAUGGGUGCCCAUACACAGGGGACAACUAUUUGACCAGCUUGGUGACUGUGGACAGCACAUCUGGAGUGGCCUACCCAAGUCAUUACAAGAGAUUUGUCUUUGAGAUGUUUGCUUUUGUGGAUCCUGUUGCUCAGCAAGCCUUGGCUGAAAAGAUCUUCAUCUACUGUGUUGCUGCUGCCUGCUAUCCCUCUGCCACAGACCCCUGUACUCAGAGCUGCCCUGCAAGAAGAUCUGGCAGAGCUGCAGACAAGUUGGCACGAAUUGCUUCAUCCAGGAAGAAUGUGCUCCUUCACAGUGGUCCUGUUGUUCUUGAGGCUGACCAGGUGCUAACUUCCAGACUCCAGCAGCAAGGAUCGGGCAGAGCUGCAGACAAGUUGGCACAAAUACAUUCAUCCAGGAAGAAUGUGCUCCUUCACAGUGGUCCUGUCGUCAUGGAGGCUGACCAGGUGCAAACAUCCAGGCUGAAGCAUGAAGGAUCGGGCAGAGCUGCAGACAAGUUGGCACAAAUACAUUCAUCCAGGAAGAAUGUGCUCCUUCACAGUGGUCCUGUCGUCAUGGAGGCUGACCAGGUGCAAACAUCCAGGCUGAAGCAUGAAGCCCCUUUUCCUACUGGAUACCUGGUGCUGGGAGUUGCAGUUGCCAUGCUGAUGGUGGUCCUGAUUUUGGCUGUAGUUGCUGUGAGGAGGUUGAACAGUCAAAAAGUGAAUCUGAAAUUUUAAUAAACCUUUUUUGGGGUACAAAAUUUGAC